UCAGCUUAGUCAGAACAAGUAAAGAUUGAGCAAGGAGACGGUACAGUCGCAUUCUUAUAAAUAUAUUAUUUUAAUAAUGACGUCAUUAUCCUUUGUGUUUCUCAUCAUUGGUGUUGCCAUUAAUUUGGGAAAUGUUCGAGCAUUGUCUGACGAUGAAAAGACUAAUAUCCACGCAGGUUUACUCCCAUUCAUAGCAGAAUGUAGCAAGGAAUAUGGUGUAACAGAGGAUCAGAUCAAAGAAGCCAAAGAAUCUGGCCAGAUUGGUGCCAUCAAUCCUUGUCUCAUGGGAUGUAUAUUUAAAAAAGUUAAUGUGAUAAGCGAAAAAGGAUUAUUUGAUCCCGAAAAAGCUGAAGAAAUUACCAAGAAGUUCUUGACUAAUGAGGAUGAUCAAAAGAAAGCUUUGGAUAUCAUCAAAACAUGCACCUCCGUAAACGAACAAGAAGUUAGCGACGGGGAGGCCGGCUGUGAUAGAGCUAAGCUUUUGUACGAAUGCUUCAUCCCAUUCAAAGGAGUGCGUCAAAAACGAUCCAUAAAAAUGUUUGUAACAUUCAUUAAGUUAAUUUUUUAUACAACAGUUUUAUUAAACUUACGUGCAAUGGCAGUUAAUAUGGAAGAGUUGAAACAGCAGUACUUAGAAACUAUUAUGAAUUGUGCCAAGGACAUUACUCUUUCUGGAGAUGAUAUAGAACAGCUUAAGAACAAACAAAUGCCUGAUAAUGAGAACGCCAAAUGCCUUUUCGCUUGCGCCUAUAAGACAUCAGGAAUGAUGGACGAUCAAGGGAAUCUGUCAAUUGAGGGCGUAAACAAAAUUGCGGAAAUGUAUUUAGCUAAUGAUCCAGAUCGACUUGAACAAGCAAAGAAAUUUACAGAUGCAUGCAAAAACGUUAAUGACGUUAGCGUGUCUGAUGGAAAUAAAGGUUGUGAACGAGCUGCUUUAAUAUUUAAAUGCAGUAUUGAAAAAGGUCCUCAGGCAAUGACUGACAAAGAGCUUAAAGAAAAAUUCACAACUAUAUUAAUGUCCUGCAUUAAAGAUCAUCCUGUUGAUAUGUCAGAAGCGCUUAAACUGCAACACCUUAUAGUUCCUACUAAUCGGGAAGUCAAGUGUCUUCUGGCGUGUGGAUACAAGAAAUUAGGAUCUAUGAAUAGCGACGGUAUGUACGAUAUCGAAAAAGGCUACAAACUUGCUGAAAUGGUAAAAAGCGGAAAGGCAGAUGAUAAUAAAAGAUUUGAAAAUGCGAAAAAAUUGGUUGAUAUAUGCAGCAAAGUCAACGACGAAACUGUUAGUGACGGCAAAGAGGGAUGUGAUCGAGCUGCUCUUAUUUUCAAAUGUUCGAUAGAUAAUGCUGUUGCGGUUUUCGCUGAAAUAGAUUUUGAUCAAAGGCCCGAAAGAAAGAAAACACGCGUGUUUCAAGAAGUACCAGAUACCUGGGUACCUGGUACUACUCCAGGUACUCGGAGCGACCGAUCAACGCCUGACGUCACAUCACCCAACGUCGCUCGCUCGCCCAUACAAUUUCGCCUAAAUUUUCGCCAACAAAAACGAAUAGAUGUCGUGAUGAGCAUUUUAAUAUGA